AGCAAAGGUUCGAAAAAGAGCAAACGCUGUAUGGAGGAGUGAGUGAGUGAGGCAGUGGAGAUCUGCUGACGCAUUGAGGAGAUCUUUGAUGGCUCACGUGCCUCCGCCGACAACACCAACGCGCACCCAGUCCCCGAACGAAGACGCCAUGUCUGGAGGGACGACGGCCAAGCAGAACGGCAGCCCGUAUGUGGCCUGCUUCGCUGGACAGGUAAUGGGCGGGAGGGGGGACACACACACGGGGACACACGCGGACACACACGCGCGUGCGCAGAGGUGUGAAGCAUCACAGAGAGACGCUCUCCACGCAGCGCACGACAGCACUCACUACGCCAGACGCACCGGCACCAAGCAGCAGACACUCGCAUCCCUCCCUGUGUGUGUGUAUCAUGCAGGCGGUAGGGGACUACAUCGCUGACCUGCGGGCUUUGUAUGAGGAGUACCCGAGCAUCCGUCCGUUUGUGGAGCACCUGUCGCAGCAGCUGUACCACGAGGUCGAGGACGAGGCUGUGGGCAUCGUGCAGCGACUGGGCUUCCACAAGUAUGGCUUCGACGUCAUGGAGUGGAUACGCAAACCAGAAACCACACCGCCACAGGUCACCCUACUACCAGACAGAAGGGCAGGCUGUCAUGCAGACAGACAGGAGAUCCAUUGAGGGUCCUGUGUGUGUCUGUGUUGUUUGCAGAGUUACCUGUCGUUCGCGCCCAUCAGUUUCCCUAUGAUCUUCUUCGUCCAGAUGACUCAAUACCUAUGCGUACGCGGCCAACACACACACACGCCAGACAAGCACACCUGUGUGUACGUCAUCGUGGAUGUGCUUCGUGUGUGCAGACGCUCGAGGACAUGGGCAUGACCCCUGGCGAGUUCCGCGGCCUGCUGCACGCCGCCAUCGGCCACUCACAGGGGCUUGUGGCCGCCGCAUGCAUCGCACACCGGGACGCACACACUGUCGAGGGACUCCAGAAAGUCGCUGGAAACGUACGUGACACGAGCGACAGACGUGGGUCGACAUGCAUCCAUGUCUGUGCCUGUCUGUGUGUGUGUGUGUGUGUGUGUGUAGGCCCUUCGUAUGAUGUUCUGGAAUGGGCUGCGGCUGCAGUACGCCUAUGGCCACCCCAGGAGGGUGGCGCCUAACGUUUUGAACGCCGCCGUCGAGGCGGGAGCGGGCAAACCCACACCCAUGCUGUCAAUCAGGUACACACGCCCACCAGCUCCAUACACUCACACAUGGGCAUGCUCACGCACACCGACGGCCACUUUCUCUGUUUGUGUCUGCAGAGGAUUGCCCGUGCCUUUGCUGACGGCGAGUCUGGCAAAGGUGAAUGCGUACCUGCCGCCGACGCACCACGUCCACAUCGCCCUCAAGAACGGCCCCGACUUCACCGUCGUCGCAGGGGACCCCUCGGCCCUCGUGCAGGUCAUCGAGGCCAUCAAACCCAUGCAGGCCGCUCCAUCCGAGGACCAGACCAGGGUGCCGUUCAGCCAGAGGAAGCACCCGGUGGCCUUUCAGUUCCUGGACGUUUCCACGCCGUUCCACUGCAGGUGGGCUUUGAGAUUGCACACGUACCACCGUGAUGUAUCGGCAUCAAUGUGUGGCUUUGUGUGUGUGUGUGUGGUUGUCAGUUUGUCUGAGUCUGCUGUGGCCAAGGUUGCCGACGACAUCGGUCGUUUGGGCCUGUUUGCCGACUGCAGCCAGGCCAGCCCCCUGACCAUUUCCUGCCUGUCGAAUGAAGACGGCACACCCCUCAGCGACAAAUGCAGCACCUGGAACGACGUGAGCACCCCCCCACCCACCCACACACAGAUACCACUUUCUCACAUCUCCCUCGCUCCCUGUUCAGGUUGCCAUGGAGUUGGUUCGCCUGCAAUCGGUGGUGAUCAACGACUGGCUGUCGGUGUGUCGGAAUGUGGCCGCCAUGACGGCCAGCGUCACGCACGUGCUGGACUUCGGCCCCGGUAAGGCGGGUGCGUCCAUCGGGGGGCUGACGGCGAGGAACCUCAGGGGCUCGGGCAUCGGGGUGGAAUUCGCACCCACACGUGCACUCGAGAUCAAAGUCAUGAGGUGAGCAGGCGCACGCACUCGUGGAUGCAACUACACGUGUCUGUGUGUGUGUGUGGUGGUGGCGGUUUUGUUCGUUCAGUUUGCAGCCAGCAGUGAACUGGCUCGAUGAGUUUGGUCCCCGUGUGCGGCUAGACGUGCACGGCCGACCGUAUGUCGACACCAAGUUCCGCCGAUUGCUCGGAAGGCCGCCCGUCAUGGUCGCCGGCAUGACACCAACUACCGUCAAGGUGACACAAAAGCCAUCCCACGUGUGCACAUGAGUGGAUGGAUGGAUGUGUGUGUGUGUGUGUGUGCGCGUGAUUGUGUUCUUUUCUUUUGUCAGCCGCGCAUUGUCAAGGCAGCGCUCAAGGCGGGUUUCCACGCCGAGAUCGCUGGCGGCGGGCAGCACACCCCCGAGAUAUUCAAGAAAACCGUCAACGACGUUGUGCAGAGCAUCGCGUCAGUGCCUGGCAGACAGACAGACAGACACACUCAACACCCUCUUCCUCCUCUCCCAUGUGUCUGUAGUGACGGCGAGGGCGUGUGGUUGAAUCUGCUGUUUUUGAAUCCCUUCCUGUGGAAGAUGCAGUACCCCCUCAUACUCCAGCUCAGGCGCGACGGCUGGCCCAUCCUCGGCGUCACUGUGGCGGCAGGCGUCCCCAGCCCCGCCAAGGCCGACGAGAUACUCGCCAACUUCAGAAGCGUCGGAAUGUAAGCAACACACCAACCACCAAGUCAUCUCACUCUGUGGACAAAGAAACACGUGUGUGUGUGCGUGUGUGUGUGUGGCAGUCAUUGUGUUGCGUUCAAGCCUGGGUCGGUGCCGGCCAUCCGAGCGGUCCUGGAGAUAGCUGACCGCAACCCUGACACGCAGAUCGUUGUGCAGUGGACGGGCGGCCGCGCUGGCGGGCACCACUCAUUCGAAGACCAACAGUAGGCAACGCCCCGCCCGCUCUCACACAGCACGCAUGGAUCCCUGUGUGUCCCCUCAACCAGUGCGCCGAUUCUGACCACGUAUCACGAGAUCCGUGCUCUGCCCAACACCAUCCUCGUUGCCGGCGGCGGCAUCGGCGACGGCCUCUCUGCGUGGAAGUACCUGAGCGGCCAGUGGUCUCUCCCCUACAACCGCCCCCCGAUGCCCUUCGACGCCAUCCUCAUGGGCUCGCGCGUCAUGGCCUGCGAGGAGUCGUGGACGGCAGACGAGGUCAAGGAGAUGAUUGCCAAGGUCGAGGGGCUGCCUCUGGAUAGGGAGAAGGAGUGGGAGCAGAGCUAUGGGACGAAGGGGUGUGGCGGGGUGCUGACGGUGACAAGCGAGCUGGGCGAGCCCAUCCAUCUGGUCUGCAACCGGGCGGCAAAGCUCUGGCGGGAGCUGGACGAUCAGUACUUCAACAAGUGAGUUGGAGAGAUGGGGGAAGGAGACAGCCACGGAAACAACAAACUAUCGUCCCCAUGCUUGUGUGUGCCUAUGUGUUUGGCAGGUUGCCCGAUGACCAGCUCACCGCGGCUCUCGAUCGCGAUUGGCUCAAGAUCGCCCAGCGAUUCAACGACGACUACCAAAAGGUCCGUGUGUGCAGAUAGAGACACACCAAAACACUACCAGACCACGUCUCCACAAUCUUUUUCUUUGCCCCCUCUCUGGCUUGCAGCUGUAUUUUUGUGAGAAGAAGGACGGCACCAUCGUGCGCAGCCUGUCCCACAUGACCUACGAAGAGGUCGCCCUCCGUCUGAUCAACAUCUCACGAUCCACCACGCCCUCCCCGCCCAGGUGGCUCACUCCCCACUUCAAGGAACGCCUCGAGAGGUGGCUGCUGCGCGCGGCCGAGCGGCUGGCGAACAACGAGAUUCGGCAGGCCGGCGGGAAGCUGUUCGCCACACAUGAGCUCGAGGACGAUCCUGAGGGUGUGGUGCAGAGGCUGGUGGAGAAGGUGCCCGAGAUCGCCACCCGAUUGGUGUGCGCGGCGGAUGAAGACUACUUCAUCGAGGUGAGAGGGUGGAUGAGAGGAUGGGUGGUCGGAUGGGUCAGAGUGGUGAUGGUUGUGUGCAUGUUUGUGGUUCUUUUUGAACAGAUGUGCAGGAUUGUGUGGAUGAAGCCGCCCAACUUCAUUCCUGUCAUCGACCCGUCGCUUAAAACAUGGCUCAAGAAGGACAGCCUCAGCUACUCCGAAGACGACAUCCGAUUCGUCAAAGACAGAGACCCGCAGAGAGUCAUCGUAAGCAACAUACAACACCGAACGGACCGAAAGCACCGAAUGGACAAAACAAAGAAACACCUACUCCCCGCCACUGUCUGCCUGUCUGUGUGGGUCAGACGAUCCACGGCCCGAUAGCCGCCGGGUACACGCACAAGGCCAACGAGCCCAUCUCAGACAUCCUCACCAACAUCCACAAGGACCUCAUCGAGCAGGCCGGCCCCCCCGUGGGCCAGGACGCCCCCCCGCCGGUCGGCGACCCCUCUGGCGAGGGCAACUGGAGCAUGACACUGCCGAGCGAGCCUGGCGCAAUUUCCAAGGUCAAGGCCUCUCACUGGCUGGAGAGGCUUGCAGGGCCGGAGAGGAUCUCAUGGAAGAGGUGGGAGUAGAGAGCCGAAGGAAUGAGCAAUGGUGGAGGCCUGCCUACGUGUGUGUGUCCAUGUCUGUGUGUGUCAGGGCGCUGCUCACUGCGCCGCACAUCGUGCGCGAUAAGCGCUGGGUGGCCAACGACCUGGCACGGCUGUUCUACCCCCGCGCCUCGCAGACCUUCAAGUGCAGCGACACAUCCAUCCUCAUCUUCGACCCAGACAUCACCCGCCUGGGCCUCGACCCGUCCCUGCCAUCACUUGAGGCCACGCUCGUCGCCGGCAAGUCCGCCGAUGCGCCCACUGUGCGGGUCGUGCUGCGCCACCCCAUCAUUUGUUGUGAGAAUGGGGGCGGGGGAGGGGGGAAGGGCAAAGGCAAGGAAGACCCCCAUGCGGAGCUGUGUCUCGAGUACCGCUUCUACGCCGACCGGCCGUGGGCGCCGAUCGUCGAGGAGAGCUACGAGGACCGCUGCCGCAAGAUAGCUGCGUUUUACACGGCGGUGUGGAUGCCCGAGGGCUGCAGGAAGGGCGAGGAGGUCAUCGACUCGCUGGGUGUGCGGCGGUUCAGACACUCUAUCUCGGAGCAGACCCAGGGAUACGAAGACCUUGACACGGUGAGGGGGUGGGCGAGGGGCAAUAUGCGGCUAAAUAUGGAUGUGUGUAUAUGUGGUGUGGUGUGUUGCGCAGGCGCCUCUGGAGUAUGCCAUCGUGCUGGCGUGGGACGCCAUCCUGACGUCGCUCAUCGGCGACCGGCCCCUGGGUGACCUCUUCCGACUCGUCCACCUCUCAAAUCAAUUCAAGCUCCUCGACCUCAACCAAAAGCCAUUCAAAGUGAGACCACACCCACAGACACACACACACACACACACUCUCUCUCUCUUCUUCUGUUCUGUGAUCAGGUGGGCGACAAUGUUGACGUGAGUGCGAUGCCGACCAGCCUCGCCGACCGCGACGAAGGCCGGAUCGUCACGGUUCGUGCGCUGGUGUCGCGCAAAGGCCAGUCGCCCCUGGUGCGCAUCGACUCAUCUUUCCUCUUCCGCGGCCCCCUUCUUGAGGAGGAGAAAGGCUUCACCGUCAUCGAGAGGGAUGUCGACGUCUUUGUGGCCGACGACGCCGUCAAGGGCGUCCUUAUGAGCAAGGACAUGUGGCACGACCUCAAGGCCACCGACGUGCUGGUGGGGGUGGCGCUGAGCCUUAAGGUCGAGAGCAGGGAGGAGCGAAUCGGAAACGGAAUGAGCAAAUUCGAGACUAAAGGUAGGCGAGCGGGACACACAGACCAAAGGGAUUGAUGCCUCAAUGAUAACCAUGUGUGUGUGUGGGUGUUGUCUGCGACUCUUUCUCAGGCACGAUAACCCGUUCUGGUGUGCAGAUCGGUAGCAUCUCCCUGACGACCCCGUCGGCCACCAACUGCCCCGUGCUGGCCUUCCUCGACCGCCACGGCACGCCCCAUGACAAGAUGGCCCCGGCACCGCCAUGCACCUACCGCACUCAGCUCGACAGGGCGCACCACAGCGACGUGCCAUACGCGUUCGCCUCCAGGGACACAAACCCACUCCAUGUACGCUGACACCGAGAGACACAUGCGAGGUAGUGCCAUGUUGGCAUGGCAUGGUGUGUGGGGUGUGUGUUUCUGCAGGUGAGUCCGUUUGCGGCGGCUUUGGCCGGUUUGGAUCGCCCCAUAGUGCACGGUAUGCUCAAUGCGGCAAGGGCGCGUCAGGCCAUCGAGGCGGCCGUGGGCGGGCCUGUGGUCAUGAUCAAGGCGGAGUUCGUCGGCAUGGUGCACUCGGCUUCAAGACUGAAGACCAGCUGUAAACACACACCCACCCACCCACCCACACACACACACCCCGGUACACAUGUGCGUGACUCGCUCUCUCUGUGUGUGGGUGUGUGCGUCAGGCACGUUGAUUGGUACGCGUCACGGGUCUCGUGUGGUGCAGUGGGAGCUCAAGACAGAGGACCCCCACCGAAGGGGCAACUGGGUGCUGGCCGUCAAGGGGACCGCCGAGGUCGGACAGCCACCCAUCACUUACCUCUUCACAGGUACACGACACACCCACUCCCCCUCACAGCACAUAACCAGGCACACAGAGGCAACCACGAGUGUUUCCUCUCACAGGUCAGGGAUCUGCCGAGGCCAACAUGGGCAUGGACCUCUACAACACGAGCCACGCCGCCCAGGCGGUGUGGGACCGUGCGGACGCCUUCUUCAAGCAGAAAUACGCCUUCUCCAUCAUCGACAUCGUCAAGCGCAACCCCAAGGAGCUCUGGGUCUCGUUCCUCGGACAGGGCGGCGACCAGCUGCGGCAGGCAUACGCCGCCAUCCGCAAGAGCGGCAAGGACGGCAAGGAUGAGGCGCUCUUCCCGGAGGCAGAGGACAGCAGCGCACCUGGCAUCAGGUUCUACGCAUCCGAGGGGCUGCUCUUCGCCACACAGUUCACGCAGCCUGGUAAGAGUGCAUGGAUGUGCACCCCUUAUAGCUAUAUGUGUGCAAUGGUCUUGUCUUCUGUCAGCGAUUCUCCUGUUCGAGAAGGCAUGGUUUGAGGACCUCCGUGCCCAGGGUUGCGUGCAGCCGUCAGCUCUCUUCGCCGGGCACUCUUUGGGCGAGUAUGCGGCCCUGUGCAGCGUGGCCAACGUCAUCCCGAUCGAGACCAUCGCCGAGCUGGUCUUCCUCCGAGGGCUCACCAUGCAGUCGGUCGUCGACAGGGAUCACCUCUCUCGAUCCCGCUACGGCAUGGUGGCUUUCUCGCCGUCGCGCGUGGGCAAGUGGGUGACUGACGACAUGCUCGAGGCUCUCGUGACCGGCAUCGAUCAACGCACUGGACGGCUGCUGCAGGUAAAUAGUCUGGGCGGGAGGGUGCUGACGGACGGACGGGGGGAUGGAGAGAAUUGUGUGUGUGGGUGUCUGUGUAUGUGUGACAGGUUGUCAAUUACAACCACAAGGGCUCCCAGUACGUCAUCGCGGGCGACCUCACCGCCCUCGAGACCCUACGACUCGCCGCCGACAAACUCGCUAAGGAGCCGGUGAGCAGGCAGACCACCACACACACCUACACACACAGACCUUUUUCGUUCCCUGUGUAUGUCUGCUUUCCUCAGCCCACCGACCUUCCCAAGGGUCCUGCGUCGUCCUUGCCGCCAUCGGUGGAGGCACUGAUCGGCUCGUGCUGGGCGGAUGCGCUCGAGACCGAGCAGCGUGCGGCCGAGAGGGAGGGGCCGGGCCCGCUAGGCGGCGAGACGGGCGGCAUCGGGGGCUUCGUGCCGCUGCAGCGAGGCACAGCCACCAUCCCACUCAAGGGCAUCGACAUCCCUUUCCAUUCACGGUGAGGGGCAGAUGGAAGGACGGUGGGAUGGCUCGGUGAUUGUGUGUGCGGCUUCUUGAUUCAGGUUGCUGCGCAAGGGCGUGGGGACUUUCAGGCGGCUGCUGGAGCACGGUCUCGCCGCCGUGGAAUUCCCUCCCAGCGUCUUUGUGGGCAAGUAUUUCCCCAAUCUGGUGGGCCGUCCGUUCUCCCUCACCGAAGGCUUCAUCGAGGCGGCGCUCAAGGCCACUGAGGGCCAGUCCAACUCACUCAAAGACCUGCUGGACAAAUUCGACGAGUGGAAGGAGGACGAGCGGGCCAUGACCAAGAAGCUGCUCAUCUGCCUGCUCUCGUGGCAGUUCGCAUCACCUGUGUAAGCAGCAACCGAUAAAUGGAUGACCAACAUAUAUGUGCGCAUUCUCGGCUCUCCUAUGCUGCUUGCCUGCAGUCAGUGGAUCAAGACCAUGUCCGGCGUAGGCGAGCACUCGCCCAGCGGCCCUCUGCAGAUCAUCGAAAUAGGCCCCGCCCCGGUGCUGGUGCGGCUGGCCCGUCCCCUGCAGCAGGCCAACCCCCUGGCGACUACCUUGUGGAUCACCAAGGACCGCGACACCAUCUACUGCCACGACACGUCCAUCGACGAGGACGAGAUCAUCGAUGACGGCGGGCCGAGCCCCAGCGAGGCGGCACAACUGUCGGCCAUCGACACCACCGUCGGUGGCGGGAGCGAGAGUGAGAGGAUGGAGAGCCCGCAGAGGGGCGAAGGCUCGCCUGUGGCCAGUGCUCCACAGGUGGGCAUCAUGCCUGUCGGGGAGGUGGUUGACGUGCCCAUGGACGCGCUGCACGCGUUGCGGUCCCUCCUGGCCACAAGGCUGCAUCUGACGCUCGAUGAGGUGCCUCCCACUGCCACCAUCCGUGCCCUCUGUGGCGGCAAGUCGGCUCUGCAGAACGAGGUGGUCGGCGACCUCUCCACCGAGUUCGGCAGCGAGCCCGAGGGCGCCUCCGACAAGUCUCUCGAGACGCUGGCGCGAGACCUGGGUGCGGGCUACACCCAGCCGGGCAAGAUACUUACCAACCUGACCUCCCGCAUGCUCACCAAGAUCAUGCCGGCGCCGCUCUCGACCGUGUCCAAGGCCAGGGCCUGUCUGGCGGGAAUGGGUCUGGGCGAGAACUUCCAGAAUGGGGUGCUGGUGCACGCCGUGGCUCACGAGCCAAGCAGCAAGUUUGGCGGGGAGGGCGAGGGCCGGUCGUGGCUGCGGAGCAUGGCUGAGAAGUAUGCAGACCUUAGGGGAGUUGCUAUGCCUGCGGGCGGAGCCGCCAUGGGGGCUGGGACCGGCGCUGGUAAGUGGGUGGGUGGGAGAGUCCGCACGCACACACCCGAACACCGAAAGGACAAAUUCACCCACGCGCACUGGUGUUUCUCGUGUCGUGUUAGGGUCUGCGAGUGUGGCCGUGAUUGAUGCCGCGGCGCUCGACGACCUCAAGUCGGCCCUGCGCAGGUCCAUCGACGCCCUGCGGCAGUACACCGACCCGUCGCCAUCCUUCGAGGAGGAGCAGCUGAUCACCAGCGCACUCACCGACCUGGAGAGGCUGGAGCAGGGAGUCGCGCCAUCGUACGUCUUCGACGAGCACGGCCCGAGGUACCUGAGCAUGAUCAAACCCAUGUUCAAGCCACCGAAGGUGAGCCAGAGAGGAAGGGAUGUGUCCAAUGUUGUCUGGAAUUGGUAUGUGUGGUGUUUGUCAGGUCCGCACAUACGACUCCUCAUGGGCGUGGGUUCGUGUGGACGCCAUGACGGCCAUCCACUGCCCCAAGCUGCUCUCGCCCCAGGACCCAGACCUCACCCUGCUCACCCAGAAGGUGGCCAACACCUCCUCCCCCUCCCUGUGCACCCUCCUCGAGACGCAGGCCGCACUCCUGGCGCAGACAGACAAGGCAGACAAGGGCAAGGCUGAGAGGGCCCGCAUUCUGGCCCAGGCUGCCAUUAAGGGGCUGAACCGGCCGCCGGUGUGGCUGGAGACGCGCGAGCCUCGUGUGCCGGCCAUCGAGAUAACGGACGACGGGACGGUGUCGCUGGCCAAGAACCCGAGGAAGAGGCACGACAAGCAUGAGGGCUUCUCGGGAUUCGCUCUUGAGAUGUUCAACAAGUGAGUGAGCAAAUGGGCGGGGGGAUGGGUGAGAGAGACAUCGGACGGUCAUUCUGCUGAUGUGGAUGGAUGGAUGGAUGGAUGUAGGUCGACAGAAGAGACUAGAAACCGCUGCUUCGGCCUCAACCGCGCCCUGCCCGGGCAGCGGCUGCCUGAGAACCACCAGCUGGACGCCAUAUUCUCUGAGGCCAUGACCACAACGGCCGACGACGGGCUGUCUUUCUACGGCAAGGUGGCGCUUGUGACGGGUGCUGCCGUGGGCAACAUCGCCUUUGAGGUCAUCAGAGGGCUGCUGAUGGGCGGCGCCAGGGUCAUCGUGUGCACCGCAUUCCCUGAGGAGGGAUCCAUCUGCUCGUACGAAGUCUUCAAGGACCUUUAUCAGGUCAGUGGGUGUCUGUCUGAUGGCUGGGGAAUUUGUCCACGUCCACACACGUGUGUGUGUGUGUGUGUGUGUGUCUGGGUCAGUCGUGUGGAAGCAACGGCAGCAGCUGUGUGGUGGUGCCGAUGAACGGGAUGUCGGCCAUCGACUGCAGUCGCGUCAUCGACCACGUCUUCGACGCCGUCCUGCCAAGCCUCCAACCCCUCCCUGUAAGAACCCACAGCACCAAAACACUGACGCCGAUGCAUGCGUGUGUGACCUCUCCCUCUCCCUGUCCCUCCCUCUCCUGUGCCUGUCUUCACUGGUCAGCUGAAUCACGCUUCCUCGGCUCCGUCCAUCCCCCACCUCGACCUGUUUGUGCCCUUCGCGGCCAUCCCCGAGACGGGCCGGACCAUCCAGAUGAUCGACGACCGGUCCGAGGCGGCCCACCGCCUGAUGCUCACCAACGUCCACCGCUGCAUCGGCCGCAUCAUGGAGAAAAACCCCAGGGGCGUGCCGCCCUGCCAUGUCAUCUUGCCACUCAGGUGAGCUGCUUGGAACUAUGGUGUGGAUGGAUAUGUAUCUGCUGUUGGGGUGUGUGCUGUCUGUCUGUCAGUCCCAACAAGGGUCUGUUUGGUGGGGAUGGUCUGUAUGGCGAGAGCAAGAUCGGCCUCGAGACCCUGUUUGCAAAGUGGAAGAGGUGAGGGUCGACGAACGAACACGGCACGGCGGCGCACACCUGCACCUACCUACCAUCUUUCCCUUGUGUGUCCGUGUGUGUGUGUGUGUGUGCAGUGAGGGCUGGCAGGAUCGCGUGUCGAUAGUGGGUGCGGAGAUGGGAUGGGUCCGCGGCACGGGCGUCAUGUCCCACAACGACAUGGUCGCACCCGACAUCGAAAAAGACAUUGGCAUGAGGGUCAGUCACCCGCCCCCUCUCCCCCUUGCCAUGGACACUCCUGUGACGCGCUGCUGUCUUGUCUGUCUGCGUAUAUAUGUGCAGACGUUUGCCCAGAUGGAGAUGGGUUUCACUCUGCUGGUUUUGUGCCAUCCCCGGCUCGUCGAGGCCGCCCGCACCCACCCCCUGCGGGCCGACCUCACCGGCGGCUUCAGGAUGGGCGCCAAAGGCAUUCCCGUACGAACAAACCACAAAAAAAAGUCACGCCACUGCCUCCCUAUGUGUGUGUUGUCGCUGUCUUUAUGUGUGCGUGUGUGUGCAGGCCGCGGCGAUCCGUGCGCGCAUCAUGAAGGACGCGGGCAUCCGCAAGGCCAUCCACCAGGACGCCAUCAAGGACAGGGAGGUCACUGCACAGGAGAGCGGCAAGGAGGCAGCCAUGGUGGCGGUCGACGGCCGCCAGGCAGACAUCCGUGUGGACUUCCCCGAGCUGCCCACCAAGCGGCGCCUGCAGAGCCUCCCCGACCUCACCGGCAUGCUUGACCUGAAAUCACAGGCACGUGAAGAGCGGACGAGACGAGCACACAUGCGGUGCGGUCAUCUGUCUGUCUGUCUGUCUGUCUGUGUGCUGGGUUUGUGUUGUGUUGUGUGUCAUCAGGUGGUGAUAGUAGGUUUCGGCGAGGUGGGCCCGUGGGGAUCGUCCCGGACGCGCUGGGAGAUGGAGGCCUUUGGGAAGCUGACCAUCGAGGGGGCGCUGGAACUCGCCAGAUGGAUGAAUCUCAUCAAGUACCACACCGGUCAGCCACACCAGCAACCAUACCCACACCACACCACACCACACCACACACCGUUUCUCUGUGUGUGCAGGGCCUCUGGCGACUUUAUCCAAUCGGCCCUACACAGGGUGGAUUGACUCGUCGACGAGCCAGCCCGUUAGCGAGAAGGACAUCCUCCCCACCUACCACUCCCAGCUGCUGCAGCACUGCGGCCUCCGCCCUAUCGACCCGGUGUGGUUCAGAGGCACCUACGUCCCCACCGAGAAGAUGUUCAUCAGCGAGCGGGCGCUCGAGGGAGAGAUGGAGCCGUUUGAGGUGACCAGCAGGGAGGAGGCCGAGUGGUUCAGCAAGUACCAUGGCCACAGAGUGGAUGUGGUGGACAUGCCCGAUGGCAGCGUGCGGGUGAAGCUCAAGGAGGGGGCCAAGAUCUAUGUGCCAAAGGCGAUGCCCUUCUCGCGAAGGGUGCGGGGGCACACAUCGCCACUGAGCACAUACACGCGCCACACACGUGCCUCUUUCCUUCUCUGUGUGUCUCUCAGGUUGGUGGUCAGCUGCCCAAUGGGUUCGACCCGGUGUCCUUCGGCUUCCCCAAGGACCUCAGCACCCGUGUCGACCGCGUCACACAGUGGGCGUGCGUCGCAUUCGCAGAGGCGCUCACAAGCGCCGGUCUGCUGGAUCCGUAUGAGUUGUACGAGCACGUUGGCAUCAGUGAGGUGGGCACAUCCCUGGGCAGCGGCAUGGGCGGCCAGGCGUCCCUCAGGGACAUCUUCAGGGAGCGAUGGCUUGAAAACGACGUACGCCCCUCAUCCUCUGACCCUUCGAAGACGCCCACCACAACCCCCCUCUCCUCAUGUCUGUUGUCCUGUCGGCAGGUGAACGGCGAUGCUCUCCAGGAGACCUUUGUCAACACCCCAGCGGCGUGGCUCAACAUGCUGCUCGUCAGCUCUGCCGGCCCCGUCAAGCCAUGUGCUGCCGCGUGCGCCACGGCGGGCCUGUCUGUGGAGCUAGGCGUGGAGACCAUCCGCAGCGGCAAGGCGCAGGUCAUGAUCACGGGAGGCACUGAGGACUUCACCGAGGAGGGAUCCUUCGAGUAAGCCCCACUCUGGGGAACGAACACCAUACACCUGAUCUUGCUGCAUCAUUUCUGUGUGUGUGUCUUGGCUUGGGACAGGUUUGCGAGCAUGAAGGCGACGAAUGACUCGACGCUGGAGGUUACUGCCGGCAGGCGGCCGUCAGAGGCGUCGCGGCCGUUCACUUCGACCCGCGGCGGCUUUGUGGAGUCCUGCGGCGCCGCCAUACACAUCAUCACCACCGCCGAACUCGCAAUCAAAAUGGGACUACCCAUCUAUGGUGAGAGAGACAGACGAGACCUAAACACAUACACGCAGAGGACUCUCUUUGUCUCUCUCUGUGCGUGUGGUGACAUCAGCGGUUGUUGGUGGUGCUGAGACGGCGACAGACAGGGAGGGUCGGUCGGUGCCCGCGCCAGGUACCUCCUGCCGUACACGUUGCAGCCAUGCGGCCACACGAUGUGCCUCGAGUGCCUGCUUCCGGCCGCCGUUGUCGGCCGCAAACAACGGAGCGUGUGUGGAGCGUGUGUGUGUGUGUGUGUGUAUGUGUGCGUUCGUACAGGCCAGGGCAUCCUGUGCACCGCCCGGGAGUACCACCCGCCGUCGGGCUCCCACGUGCCACACCCACUGCUUGAGCUCAACUACCGCAAGGAGGCACUCAAAGACGAAAUGCAACAGGCAUGCGCCCACUCCCUCACUUAACCACACACAGACUCAGAGGCGGUCCAAUUCCUCUGCGUGGGUGGGUGUUCAGAUCGCCGAUUGGCGUGCGAGGAAGGUGUCAGAGGGCACCGCACCCGAAGGCGUCAUCGACCGCUUGUGUGAGGCCAAGUGUCAGCGCGCGCGGCAGUACUGGGGCAGCGAAUUCUGGAAGGGCGAGGAGGCCAUCGCGCCGCUGAGGGGCGCCCUGCACGCCUAUGGCCUGACCAUCGACGACCUCGACGUCUGUUCGAUGCACGGCACGUCCACACAGCUCAAUGACAAGAACGAGAGCCAAGUGCUCAACAGACAGCUGGAGCACCUCGGACGCAAGAAGGGUGCGUGGGGGCGUGUGCGUGUGUGUGUGGGUGUUGGGUGACGGCCAUCUUCACUCUCUCUCUCUCCCUCUCCCUUUGUCUGUGUGUGUGGUAUAGGUCAUCCGCUCUUCACGAUCUGGCAGAAGUGGCUGACGGGCCACCCCAAGGGCGCGGCGUGUGGAUGGAUGGUCAACGGCCUCAUCCAGGCCAUGCACACCGGGCUGCUGCCCCCCCAGCGCAACGCAGACAACGUCGACAGCGCCCUGUGCGACCAAGCCUACGACGGCAUCCUCUACUCCCAUCGGCUCAUCGACGUCGGGCGGCCGCUCAAGGCCGCCAUGGCCCACUCGUUCGGUUUUGGCCAGGCCAACACGGAGAUACUCAUCAUUCACCCCGGUAGGGGCACACACCACCCACCACACACACACAAUUGGCCUGCUUAUGUGGUCAUGUGGUUGUGCAGACUACCUGUGGGCGUCUGCGGGCACGUCCAAGUGCACGGCGUACUCGGCCAAGCGGGCAGUCAGGCAGCAGAAGGCCUCGCAGUUCCUUUACGAGACUCUCGCCGACAGACAGAAACUCAUUCAAGGUAACAGGAGGCCCUACGCCCGCACCCACAUCCACGCACAGACACACACACCUUUCUCCCUCCCUCUCUGUGUCUGUCUGUGUGUGGAUGUGCAGUCAAGACAUCGCCCCCCUACUCGCCAGAUGCGACGAUGGAGACCCUCCUCAAUCCCUCGGCCAGGGCGAGUGUCCAGCCCCUGACGCAUCGGUAUGCCAUCGACCCCGCCAAGUCGUCACCCACGCACAUCGCCGAAGGGCAGCCGUCGCUCGAGCAGACCAUCAAGAAGCUCGCCACAGACGUCUUCAACGCACAGCAGCUCCUCAAACAAGACAGCAGGUACCCUCACCCAUCCACCCGGCCCACACACACGAUGGCCCUCAUUGUGGGCUGUUGCGGUGUCAUGUGUGUGUGGUCAGUCUGCAUGUCGACUCGCACAGUGGCGCGCUGGCCACCACGGGCUGCUAUGUGGGUGUGGACGUCGAGCCCGUCUCGACCUUCGCCCAGCACUCAGAGCGCAGCGACUUCAUUACGCGCAACUUCACGGCAAAGGAGAGGGCCGAGGCCUUCGGACAGCCCCAGCAGCAGCAGGGAUCAAUGACAACCAACAGUGUGCGGGCUGCUGUUCGUCUGGCGGGUCGGUGGUGCGCCAAGGAGGCCAUCGUCAAGGCCAUGGGCAACCUCGGAGAAACCAAAUCACCCCCUGUGAAUGUCACACUCGACCCAAGUACACACAAACCCCACACACAUCAUCAGAAUGCGCCCCAAACAUCUGUGUGUCUGUCUGUGUUGCAGGUGCGAGUUUGGUGGACAUCGAAGUGCUGUCUCUGAGCAGCGCGUCCCACGGCGUACCGUUGGUGUCGCUCUACGGCCGUGCGGCCGAGGUGGCCAAGACGAUGGGCGUCACACACCCCACCAAGCAGAUCAGGGUGUCCAUCUCCCACACAGACGAGCAGGCCGUCGCCAUGGCCGCCAUACACCUCUGAGGCCGAGGGGGCGGGGGGGCGGUAUUGGGCGGGAGUGUUUUAACGAUGCAUGACCAACUAAGGCGUUUGGGAGGGGAGAGGGACGUGUAGGGCCUUUUUCUGAGAAAGAUGAGACCGAUCCGAUAAGGUGGGUCGCAUCAUUCAUGUGUGCGUGUUUCCGUGUGCGUGUGUGUUGUGUGUUUUGCAAGAGAGGACGUGCGAGUGAGUGACCGAAUGAGGCGGUGUAGAUCUGAAUGCCUGUUUUGUGUGUGUAUGAUACAUACAUACAGAGAGGGAAAGAGGGAGACUUUUUCGGCGUGAGUUUUGUGCCCCCCGUGGAUGCUUUCUGCCCACAUCUGCCUGUCUGCCUGCCUCACUGUCUGUCUGUCUGUCUGUCCCUGAUCUGACCUUUUCCCGACUCUGAUGAAGUUCUGCCAGCUUCUUCAAUUAUCUUUGAGAAGGAGGAUUGUUUGUUCAUGUGUGAGCAUGUGUGUAGGACGUCCUCAUGUGCAUGUCUCUGUUUCUGUUGCCGGGGGCGGUGUUUUGGGCUGGUUCGGUUUGGUUCGGCUUGGUUCGGUUUGGUUUGGUGUUUGUUCUGUUGCGGCCACUCGACCUUUUGCACUCAGUGUUUUUGUCCCGACAGGUCGCUUUUUCACCCUGCCUGGUGUUGAUGCACUACUGUGCACGCACGUCGAAGUGACAGUGUGAGAUGUGACUGGGGUUGUUGGUGCGUGUUGGUGCAUGUGCGGUCGGACGGGCGGGUGAUGAGGGUUAUUUCUCCCCCUCUUUCUCGUCCUUUUUGCCGUUCCUGGUGGGCCUGGCCUGCCGUCCUUGCUGCGCUGUGAUCGAUCCAUCCAGCCUACAUGACAUGACACCCACACACGCAAUCCAACCAACCACCCAACACGAACACUGAUUCAUGCACACAUACACACACAUUCGUGUCGCCAUGCCUGCCUGCCUGCCUGCCUGUCUGUGGACGUGAGCCAUUUUUCUGGCGUGCUUGUCAGCACGUGGGUGUGGACAGACAGACAGACAGGUGAGGUGGGAUGGGGUGGGGUGGGGUGAAGGAGGAAGGGAAAGUGGCGCGCACAGGACAGGUGCAGGGUAGCAAGGCUGGUAGCUAGGCCUGCCGAGAAAGAAGGUCUGCCCCAUCGAUGGGCGGUAAUUCAUAUAUGCGCAAAUUCACACAUACAUACACUCACACAUACAUACACACAUGUAUACCGAUCGCCGGGGGUGGGGCAGACAGAUAGACAGACAGACAGACAGACAGAGCGAGUUGUGUGCGUGCGUGGCGUCAACAGCACGACCAAGCCGUGGCAGAAACACUGCCGGUCUAUAGAUACCUUCACGGGUGGCUGACAGAUCGCACCAUCGCACUUACACACAGGAGGGGUCUGCACGGGGCGAAGGGCCGUUUUGUAUUGUGCGUGAGUGGUUGACUG